AUGUCGUGGCGACAAAUUUUAAUUGGUUGUCUUGUAUUUGCUACGCUUGUUAUACCAAUUGUUCAAUUAUCGUUCGGUUUUCAUUAUGUCAAUAAUCCUGAACUAUGUCGAAUUCAACAGGAUAUAAUGAUAAUAAUGGCAAUCGGUGGUGUAUUUCAAGCACUUUUUUUUGCCGCAGCCUUCGGUUUUAUCUAUAGGAUAACACCAACAAAAUAUAAAGCGCAAAAAAAUCAAACUGUUGCACAGCAAAGUGCCAAAGGAAAUAAUCGUGCAUCGUUUAUUAUCAUUGGUUGUAUAACAGGUAUUAUCGGUGCAUGUGCUAUUAUAUUUUUUGUUAUUCUACAAAUUCAAGUAUAUAAAAGUUUUCCAAGUGUUCAAUCGAGUGACUCUAGUAGUUCAUCUUAUUAAUCACCUCCACGUAUUAUUUCAUCGAAUAAAGAUCCUUCAACAGAUCAACAAAUGUCUCGUGUAAAUGCUAUUGUCGCACAACCUGGAAGACAUGUUUGGCGUUUUGAACAUUUAUGGUCACAUCCACUUUAUUCAUGCUGUACGGAUUUAAAACAAUGUUGCUAUGCUUUCUUUUGUCCAUGGUGUUAUGAAUGCAAUUUAUUCGAUCGUGCAGGUGAAAAUUUAUGGACAUGCAUAUGUCCUGGUGCAAGAUAUGCUCUUCGAUCAAAGAUUCGUACUGCAUUUCGUAUUGAGGGUAAUUUAAUUCACGACUGUUGUGUUACAACAUUUUGCCCAUGCUGUUCAGCUAUUCAACUGACACGCGAACUUAAUUAUCAAGGCCUUUAA